AUGAGCUUUGCAGCCUGUGCAUUGGGCAGGUUCCCAUUUGCUCAUACUCCCUGCAGUUUGUGCCUCCAGGGGCAGCGAGUCAACAUCAGUGUUCAUUUUGGAAAUGACCUUUCUGAUGCUAUAGAAGUAUUGGAUGAAGGAUGUUUUACUACUCCAGCUUCUUUGAGUGAAUUAGAUAAAAUUUGGGCAGAAUACAAUCUGGCUCAAGAGAAGAUCCAAACUUGUUAUAAUGAGAAUGAAGGAAAUAUUUUGAUUGCCCUAAGAAAUGAAGUGCAACAGAAGCUAUGCAUGGCAGUAGAAGUUUUUAUUCUGGAAGUAGAUGAGUUACCACUUAAUAAGCGCUUAAAAACACUGCAGGAUUUAUCUACCUCUUUAGAAGCAGUGUAUGGACAGGCCAAAGAAGGAGCUAACUCAGAAGAAAUACUUAGAAAAUUUUAUGACUGGAAGUGUGAUAAAGGAAAGGAGUUCACCAGUGUUAGGAAUGAAACAGAGGCUUCCCUCCAGCAUCUUGUAGCAUGGUUCCAGAGCAUCUUAAAGGUUUUUGAUCUGUCUUUGGAAAAAUCACUGACUUCUCAAGACACAAUUGGUGAUAUUGAUGAAAUCUUGGAAAAGACUGAGUCACAUGUCUGCAAAGAACUGGAGAUUUCUUUGAUUGAGCAACGUGAUGCAGACAAGGAGAUCAUUUUAAAUACAUAUAGUCAAGUACUGCAGAAGAUCUGUUCAGAGAAAAGGCUCAUUGCUGCACUACUAUCCAAGUACAAGGACAGUUGUGAGUUUAAAAAUCAGAUGAUUGAAUGUUUGAAUAAAAGCCCCAGUGUGGAACACUUGCUGUCCAUUAAGAAGACUCUGAAAGGUUUAAAAGCUCAACUGAGAUGGAAGUUGGUUGAAAAGAAUAAUUUGGAAGAAUCUGAUGACAAUGAUGGAUCUGAAAUUGAGAAAAUCAAGCAAGAAAUAACACUGUUGCGCAGCAGUGUCUUCCAGGAAAUUUAUCAUGAGAGGGAGGAAUAUGAGAAGCUGACUAACUUGGCUCAGAAAUGGUUCCCUGAGCUUCCGCUGCUUCAUCCUGAAAUAGGAUUACUUAAAUACAUGAAUUCUGGUGGUCUUCUUACUACAAGCCUAGAACGAGAUCUUCUUGAUGCUGAACCCAUGAAGGUACUUAGCAGCAAGCGUCCUUUGGUAUGCUCUGAAGUUAAUGGGCAGACAGUUCUCUUAAAGGUAAUUUUAAUUUUAAAAAGUGAGGUGAUUCAGAGAGCAGCCGGCUACCACAGAGCUUGGAGAGAAACUAAAGAAGAGUCUGGGUUGCUGCCAUUGAUAUUCCUGUUUUUGUGUAAGUCUGAUCCUAUGGCUUAUCUGAUGGUCCCAUACUAUCCUGAAGCAAACCUUAGUGCAGUUCAGGCCACUAGGCCUUUAUCUUCAGAAGAAGCUUUAAAAAUCAUGAAAGGUGUUGCCCAGGGCCUGCAUACAUUGCACAAGGCUGACAUAAUUCAUGGAUCACUUCAUCAGAACAACGUUUUUGCUUUAAAUCGUGAACAAGGAAUUGUUGGAGAUUUUGACUUCACGAAAUCUGUG